GCGCACCGGACCAGCUCGUUAACUUGUCCGCUUCGUGAUAUUUGCCCCCCCUCUCCUCGCCCUCCUCCUCCUUAUCGGAGCAGCUUCAGCAGCUACAACCACCCGGACUAUCGGGCUCAGCAGCGGGUAAGAAGAGUCUCCUCCAGCUCUCCAGACAGACUCAGACCGGUCGUCAUCGUCUGUUUUACUCCGGAGACUGCGGAUUUUAUCCUUGAUCUUUUCCAGUGGAUACCGAGAGUGCGCGCCGCCUCCCCGAGACCAACAAAGUCUACGGACAUUAAGUCAGCUCUCAUUUGUUGUAUAUCAGGGAAAUUAAAAUCCUCUUAUCCGUGUGCCGGUCCAGCUGUCUUCCCUGCCCGCCCUCCGGUUAAACUGCACCGGUCAGACUUGGAAAGAGCAACAGCCUCCGCCGGCGCAUCAGUGAGGUAGAAAAGCCCUACAUCAAGCUGCAGCCAUGGAUGAGAUGGACCUGCCCCAGAUGAAGAAGGAGGUGGAGAGCCUCAAGUACCAGCUGGCCUUCAAACGAGAGAAGUCCUCCAAAACAGUGACUGAUUUGGUAAAGUGGAUAGAGGACGGCGUCCCAGAGGAUCCUUUCUUGAACCCGGAGCUGAUGAAGAACAACCCUUGGGUGGAGAAAGGAAAAUGCAUCCUUCUCUAGAAGAAACGACCCACCCUGUCACAACCUUUCAACUUCAACCCACGCUGACCAACACACACCUACAGAUGACCCCUUGAACCUGGCCCUCCCUGGCCUGCGAAGGCCGCGGCAGGACAGCGCCUCCCAACCUCUCACCGUGAAUGUACAACAGCUGAUUUCCCCCAACCUCUCCCGAACACACACCCCAACAAGGGCACAGAAACACACACUCUCACACACUUUCACUCCAAAUUCUGGGGUUUCUCCCCGACUGCCACACAUUCACUGCAAGUUUAUUCCUGCCACGGCAAUGCAUCGUUACUAUGAUAUUACGACAAUGAUCAAUACUCCUACUACAUGUCUCUAUAUGAAUACAUAACGAUUUAUUUAUGCAGCUGCCAGUCACAAGCUUUCUCUACUCUUACUCUUCAUUCUGAGCAUAGCACUUUUUAUUUCUUCCAUUUAUGAUGAAUUAAUGAGCUGUAAUAAAAUGUAGAGUCAGAUUCUCGAUACCAAACUGACUGUAGAUCUGCUGGGGGAAGGGGGUUUGUUCUACAGUGAGAUAUCAACCAUAUUACCACACAUAAAACUGAAACAAAAUUAUGGUACUUUUUUAGCUUGAAGGUGACGGCUCAAGUCUGUGGUUGACAAAAUAGUUACAAUAAAGUUGUUAAAACCUCAUUAGAAUUAAAUUAACCUGUCCAUAAGAAACCCUAUAAUGAUUUAUAAUUAAAUGAGGAUCAUUUUUAGUCCAUACAGUGUAUUUACACACCAAGGAUUUGCUUAUAUUGGUUUACAGACUAUGGUUCUAAUGUUUUAUGAAGUCAGAAAGGAGGACCUGCACAUAAAGGACAUUAAGACUAGUAUUUAAUGAUACAUAAUGUCUUCAUAUGUAUUUGCUUGCCUUAACUAAAUAUAAUAUGCUUGUUCUUCAUUAUCAAUCAUCAUUCACACACUUAUAACUGCGAGUGUUUUGUAUCUCGAUUAAAUCCAGAUACAAUUUAACACUGUUUUGUUUACACUUACCGACAUAUAUAACUAGCUUCAUCACCCAGGUCAUGAAUCUGAUUGCAGUCUGUCAUGGUUUCCCCAGGCUACAUGUGAAUCAGAGUUCUACUGCAUGUAUCGGGCUCUACUGCCGAUCAAUAAUGCACCUGAAGCUGAAUCGUAUAUAUUGAUUUUACCUUCUAAGGUGGUUUGAACAAUCCGAUUUCCGUCCAUCUUGAAUGCUCUUUGGUUGCAUCUACACUUAGCUUUUGUGAUAUUUUCUAUCCAUCCAAGAUGCAUGAAAUGACUGAGUGUAAACACAGUCUUUGUCUGCAUUCAAGCCAUUUUCCAGUCAGCAUGGUGGCAGUUUUAAUACAUUAUAUAUCCCUAUACUGUAAACCAUUGUAGCAGUUUGAAUGAUCCCUACUAUUAAUUUUAAGUCUUUAUAGAUUCUUAUGGUGCAUUCACUAAUUAUAAACAUGUUUGUUAUUGACUAAUUACACUACACUUGUAAUAUGUUAAGCACAAACUUGAUUUGACAAAUGCAACUGUUACAGAUCUGAUUUUUUUAAAAAGAUGAACUCCAAGGAUUUAGCACAUGGAAACAAGUUUAUUAAUUAUCUAAAGAUGUCAGUAUGCUAGAAACUAGCUCGUACGUCGUGUCACAUGAACACAAAAGAAGACAAACGUGUUUGUAGCUCCAAACAGCCAUGACUCGAAGUCAGGGUGAAGCGCCUGCUCUUAGAGAGGGGCAAAAAUGCGGGUAAUGGUGCAAACUUUUUCAGACAAUAUUUCCACGGUGUUGAAUUUGGUUGUACACAUGAGAAGUGAUGGAAACAGUGCAAGAAUGAAAACAAGAUCUUGAGAGAAAGGUUAAAACCCUGCUUAGUUUCUGGGUGUACAAUGUCGGCUUUGGAAAGUUACGUAACUUGUUGGACACGCCCCACUCCUUCUCCCAUGGCACUUCAUUUGAGUCAUACUGACAUCUUGAGAGAACGUCUGACAUAUACACAAAAUAUCAACGGCACUGCCAACGAUCUCUACCAAAACAGCUGAAGCCUUUACGUGGAACAGGCAACGUGCAUGAACCCCAAGAAGAGUUCGCCGCGACAGCAACAUUAGUCGCGCCGUUUUUCAGCUUUCAAUGCUACCUUCAACUCGUAAUGCAUGGUUAUCAAAUUUACAUUCUGGAGAGAGAGAUCUGCAACCAGUGCUGUUUUUUUUUUGUUUUUUUGCUUCAGUGUCAAGAGGUCAGAGAGAGUCAUCGCAGCUCUUUGUGUUGUCAGAGCAGAGUGGAGCUCUGGGUCUCUGGAGGAGGUUUGAGUUUUCUGCUCCCUCUCCUGCUUAGCUACAGACCCUAAGGCAACACACAAACACAUAUAAACACACACACACACACACACACACUCAACACCCAUACAACCGUACACACACUAUCUCUUUCCACACAUGUACAGAUAGACCCCUUUAACUUAUUAACUUAUUGAUCAAGACUUGGUUUAUUUAUUUAUUUAUUUAUUGAUGAGACCUCUCUCUCACCUGUAGUUUUUGUUUCCUACGUCUGCACUCCCUCUUCCUCAACUUGGAAAAAACAAAGACCAAAAAAAACAAAAACAAAAACAAAAAACGACUACACCUUGCCAGAUCACAUCUACUACUGCCUUGUACACAGUUUCCUUAAUAUAAGAAUGUAAAUAUAAUGGCAUGAGGUUUGAACAUCACCACUGACCUCUGAGCUGGUCUGUGUGUGUGUGUGUGUGUGUGUGUGUGUGUGUGUGUGUGUGUGUCUGUGUGUGUGUGUGUGGCUGUGUUACUGUGUGUUUGUGUGUGUGUGCAUAUUUUCAAACAAAGUGCUUCAAUUUGGACAUUAGGCUUCCAUGUGGAUUAUGAUGCACACACACAUGCAACUGCAUCUCACACACACACACACACAAACACACACACACACAUACACACACAACACACACACACACACACACACUGCUUAGUAAGAAUGUGUAUGAGGGGAGGAGUGGCAAGGAUGUGGGAUUCUCUGAAAGACUGGGGGACAGCGGAGCCUCACAUCAUCUCAGUACUGUAAUGAGACUCAUGUACAUUUUCUUCAAGAUGUCCCAGUUCCCUAAAGGCUGCUCAGUGCUCGGAGGACUUCUUAUGUGUAACUGCAAAUAUUCAAUUUUCCUCUUUUGAAACAAUCAAAUCCACGAUGUGCUAAUAAAUUAUUUAUCUUAAUUACUGCUUGCAUGUAACUCGUAAAACAUGUAUGAAAGGCGUUGACAUGUUUCACAUUUCUUAAAAUACUUUUAGGGAACAAAAUAAAAACUUUUAAUGUAAAAUUGUGUCACUGAGCCUGAAGUGAGGCCGGUGAAUUUAUGAUGUCCAGUGCAACUCUAAACAUAUGCUGUUUGCAACAUGAACUACAAAUGGAGCCAUUUUAGAAGUCCCAUGGUUCAAUUAGAGGCACCGCCCUUAUUUUGAACUUUGUUUUCUUUGAUUUUAUUUAAUAGUUUAGCUGUUGGAAAGUUCAAUGUACUAGUUGGUUUUUAAAAUAUAACCUAGUAAUUUCAUAACUAAUGCAUGACGAGGGACUUCCAAAAUGGGUUCUACGGUGCAAAGAAGUUCACAUUUUCUGCUUUUCCGGUGUUUGGCUUAAGUUUGUUACACUCCAACAUGAUUUCUAGGUUUAAAGAUUUAACACUUUCUUUAAGUUCUUACACCAUCACCACUGGGAAAGCAAUAAAUGCUGUGUCACAACCAACGGCCCAAAACAAACUUAAGAAGUACGUGAGAGGAUUUCUGAUUCUGCUUGUCCCUGGUCUGUUUUUUUUUUCUGUCUUGCUACUGUAACUUUACUUGUUUGGUUUGUUUUUAUAUAAUCAGAACGUGCGUAUGUAUGUAUGUUAUUACUAUUAUAAUGACAGCAUAAAAAUCUUGUCUAAAUAUCUAGCAACAUAUUCCUUGUGAGAGUGCUUUGGAAAAAUUAUUAUGCAUCAGAUCAAGUCCUUAGCGUAAAGAUGACAAUGAGCAAUAAAUUAAAAAUCAUUUUUUAUUGAAUGUUUUACAAAAACAUUUAUCUUAUUGAAUAAAGUAGAAG